AUGGUAGCGGGCUUCUGCCGAGACGAGCUAUGGAAUCUUAAUGAAACCUGGUACACAGAUAUUCCUGAUUUUACCACCUGUUUCCAAGAUACAGUUCUCAUUUUAGUGCCAUCAGUGAUUUUUAGUAUCACUGGACUAAUAAAUAUAUGCAGAUUGUCAAAAUUUCCAGCUCGUCCACUUCCUUGGACGUGGCUCAAUAUAUCAAAAUUGUUGAUAGUUACUCUUAUGAUACUGAAACAUAAGAAAUGUGGAGUGACUACAUCAACAAUAUUAUCAAUAUUCUGGAUUUUAUUUGCUGCUUUUAGCAUCAUUCUACAUCGAUCAAGCAUCAUACGCUACUUUUAUCUUGAUGUCCGUUCGCAGUCCCUACCUGUAUUUAUCCUGAACAUGAUGUAUCAUUCAUUUAUUUAUAUUGAACUUGUCCUUUCAGCUUUCGUUGAUAAAAGAGAUUUAGGUUUUCUGGAAAACCGCAGUCCUAUUGAAGAAGCAUCAAUUUUAUCAUUUAUAAGUUAUUCAUGGUUCAACAAGGUGAUUUACAACAGCAGAAGAAAACUUCUCACUGUAAAGGAUUUGUUCCCUCUUCCUGUUCGACUAAAAUCUUCCUAUUUAUAUAAGAGACUGUCUAUGUUCUGGGAUGUGCUAGACACAAAUAGCUCCUGUAAUCCCAAUAUAGCAUGGAUAUUGGUAAAGACAUUUUGGUACUGGAUGCUUGUUGCCCUUGCUUUGGAUGUCCUAUUUAAUGUGGGCCAGCUUUUACCUCCUUUGGUUUUAGAUCGAAUCAUUGACUUUGUGCAUAGUGAAGAGUAUGAAUGGAGAGGAUAUCUGUAUUGUUUCGCAAUUUUCUUCACAACUGUUACCCAUACUAUGUUGCGCAACAACUGUGUAUUUUUUUCACUUUGUAUUGGUGCUCAAGUGAAAUCUGCCCUUAUAAAUGCUGUGUUUAGAAAAAAUUUAUGGAUAUCGAGUGAAACAAGAAAGAACUAUUCAAGUGGAAAUCUGUUGAAUCUUAUUUCUGUGGAUGUUGAACGAAUAACAUCAUUUUCUGAGUACGCGUCAGCUUUGAUUUCAGCCCCUUUAAAAAUCAUCUUGAUUAUGUUCCUCAUGUGGCAGUAUUUAGGACCUUCAUGUUUAGCGGGCCUUUCCGUAAUUUUUAUCCUCGUUCCAGUGAGCUUUUACUUCUCCAGAUUAAGUGAAAAUUUUACAGAUAAGCAAAUGGAAAUAAAAGACUUAAGAUUAAAAUUUAUGAAUGAAAUACUAAGCGGAAUAAAGCUUAUAAAAUUCUACGUAUGGGAACUUCCUUUCUUGAAAAAAGUAUCAGACACAAGAAAAAAUGAGAUGAAAUAUAUCCGUUUUGGUCAGCUUUGUUUUGUUGUAUCAGCAUUUGUGUUUUCUAUUGCCCCAUACUUGGUUGCCUUAGCAAGCUUCACUACAUAUCUUUUUGUAAGUACAGAAAAUAUUCUUAGUCCUACAAAAGCUUUUGUUACACUGACUCUGAUGGACCAACUUCGAUAUGUUUUGUUUGACAUUCCAGCAACUAUAUCUGAACUUAUUCAAACUAUAACAUCACUGAAGCGUCUUAAAGAAUUUUUCCUUUCUGAGCAAUUAAACCCUGAUUCCAUUGGAACCAACCCAGGAGAAGGAAAUGCCAUCUCUUUUAAAGAUUGUUCCUUAACUUGGUCAAAAGAUACUGAACCUUUUCUUCGAAAUAUCAACUUGAAUAUAGGAAAAGGAAAGCUCAUAGCUGUAAUUGGACCAGUUGGAGCUGGAAAAUCAUCAUUACUCUCGGCUCUGUUGGGGGAGAUGAACAAAAUAAAUGGAACUAUUGAUAUAAAGGGCAGUAUGGCUUAUGUUCCACAACAAGCUUGGAUAUUAAAUCAAACAGUAAAGAAUAAUGUUCUUUUUGUAAAACCAAUGAAAGAAGUUGUUUAUAAUAAAGUAUUGGAUCAAUGUUGCUUGAGACCAGACAUGGAAAUUUUACCUGCUGGAGAUCAAACAGAGAUUGGAGAAAAGGGUAUAAAUUUAAGUGGAGGACAAAAGCAGCGAAUAAGUUUGGCUCGAGCAGUGUUCCAGGAUGAAGAGCUUUAUCUUUUAGAUGAUCCUCUCAGUGCUGUUGAUGUGCACGUAAGAAAGGCUCUUUUUGAUAAUGUUAUUGGCAACAAUGGGCUUCUCAAAAGAAAGACUAGGAUUCUUGUUACUCAUGACAUUACAGUACUUCCAAGCGUUGACUUAAUUGUAAGCAUGAAAGAAGGUCACAUAGUGGAAAUGGGCACAUAUGAUGAAUUGAUGAGCAAGGAAAACUAUUUUGCAGCAUUUAUUAAAGAACAUGCUAAUCUAAGUACAGUUGAUGAAGGUGUGAAGAAAUAUGAAAGGAGUCUUUCUAGAUUAAUAUCAACAGAUUCUACUGCAUCUGAAGUUUCAAUGGAAAGUAUGAGGAGUGGAGAUAAAAAUGCAAAACUUUUGGAUAUAGUACCAGAUAUUGGUAGACUUGUUGAAGAUGAAACCAUGGAAGUUGGGGGUGUUAAACAAGGAAUUUACCUCAAUUAUAUUAAACAUGUAGGAUGGCUUUACUUUAUUCUUGCAACGCUUGGGUACAUUGGCUUUGUUACCAUUCAGGCUGGUGGAACUAUCUGGGUUGCAAAGUGGACAUCAGAUCCAAUCAUUAAUGGAACUGAGCAAAAAUCUCAAACAAUAUGGAGGAUUUCAGUUUAUGGUGCUAUAUUAAUGUGUGAAGCUAUAUCAACUUGCAUGGGGGUCACUGUUCUUGUUUAUGGCUCAACAAAAGCAUCAGAAUUGUAUCAUAAAGAAAUGCUUAGUUGUGUUUUGAAGUGUCCUAUGUCAUUUUUUGAUAGCACACCAAUGGGUCGUGUGAUGAAUAGGUUUACAACAGAUAUGGAUGUAUUGGAUACUCAAAUUGUCUAUGCAAUAGACAGUUGGUUCUCCUGUAUUUUUUAUGUUCUUGCCAGUUUUAUAGUGAUUGGAAUAAACACACCAAUUUUCCUCGCUUCUAUUCUUCCUUUUGGACUUUUGUACUAUAUUAUUCAGACUCUGCAUUUGACUGCAUCCAGACAAAUAAAACGAUUGGCAUCAACUACCAGGUCUCCAGUUUACAGUCAGUUCAUAGAAUCGGUUCAUGGUGUAUCUUCCAUUAAAGCAUACAAUGUUCAAAAAGAUUUCAUUGGAAAAUUUGAAAACAUUUUAGAUACGCAUAUAACUUGUGUUAUCAGUAAUGUAUCUUGCAACAGGUGGCUUCAUUUCUGGCUGGAUGCUUUCGGUACUACAAUUGUACUUAUAGCAACUUCUCUAGCCAUAGUAAAGCGUCAUUCCUUGGGACCAUCCAUUGUUGCAUUAAUUGUUUCUUAUGCUUUAUCGGUUAUGGAUGCUUUGAUGUGGUUAGUACGUUCAAAUACAGAAUUGGAAACCAGAGCAGUGUCUGCAGAAAGAGCAGUUGAGUACACACAGCUGAAAUCAGAAGCUGCUUGGACUAUACCAGAUAAGGAUCCCAGUUCUGACUGGCCACACGAGGGCACGAUGAUGUUUGAUGAUUACAGUACUAGGUAUCGUGAAGAUUUAGACCUUGCCCUGAGGGAAAUAACUUUUGAUGUUUCUUCAAAUGAAAAAGUUGGAGUAAUAGGACGCACUGGGGCUGGCAAAUCAUCUGUUACUUUAGCAUUAUUUAGAAUUAUUGAACCUGCCAGUGGAACAAUUUUCAUCGAUAAUGUAGACAUUGCUAGUAUUGGGCUUCAUGCUUUGAGAUCAAAACUCACAAUAAUUCCUCAGGAUCCUGUUCUGUUUACAGGAACUUUGAGGUUUAAUCUUGAUCCAAAUGAUGAAUACACUGACGAAGAACUUUGGUUUUCUCUGGAACGAUCUCAUUUGAAGAACUUUGUCUCGGACCUUGUGGAAGGUCUGAAUCAUAAUAUUGAGGAAGGAGGGGGUAACUUGAGUGCUGGUCAAAGGCAGCUCUUAUGCCUGGCCAGAGCUCUUUUGAAGAAAACCAAAAUCUUGGUUUUGGAUGAGGCAACAGCUGCUGUAGAUAUAAACACCGAUCAGCUCAUUCAGAAUACCAUCAGAACAGCCUUUUCAGAUCGUACAGUUAUUACGAUAGCUCAUCGACUAAAUACUGUUAUUGAUUAUGACAAAAUUGUUGUUAUGGAUUCUGGACAAGUACUGGAAAUUGGGAAACCAUCUGAGUUACUACAAAAUACAGAAUCAAACUUUUAUAAAAUGGUUAAAGAAGCUGGAUUAAUAUGAAUUCUUAAUUUGACUGUUGUUAUUAAUUACAUGUGUGAUAAUGCAUUUAAUUUAUUUCAUCACUCAUUGAGCUUCCCGAAUUUGUUGUGAUA